UGUUAUAAAAUAAAAAACUUUUCUACGGUCACACUGGUGUCGAUUCUUAAAAAGAAUACUUGAUUAUUUUGUGUGGCGUGAAUCUAAUUCGAAAAAUCCGAUCACAAUGACUGCCUGGAGAGCUGCCGGAAUUACCUACAUCCAAUACUCGAACAUCGCCGCUCGUGUGUUGCGCGAAUCCUUGAAAACGGAUUUGCGUGUGGAUGCCGCCAAGCGCAAUGCCAGCCAUGUGAAAUUCACACCCUGGGCAAAUGGCCGACCUGCACAUGAAAAGUCUUAAGUGUUCUGUCAACAAUUUUAUUAUUUUAAUGAAAACUGGCAGCGCCAAACGCAAUCGGAAUCGUCGUAGAUGUCCCUAUGAUUGAUUUGCAAAUGUCAUCUGUCAACGCAGCAAUAAUUCUUUAGAAAUGAAAAAAGUUAAAUAAAUUUGAUUUAUUCAAACAA